UGUAUUAUUUCACAAAAAUAUUUUGUGCGUAAGCAUUAAUUUUGAAAGAGUNNAUCUCACAUUUUCCGGUGUAAAUCAGUGCCACUUCGGUCUAACUUGAUGUCCAGUGAUGUCACGAGUCUGCGGUCCGAGUCAGCGCGAGGCUGCAAAGGCUGGCAAAAACCCGGAUGUGCACUUUCAAAAUAAAUUUCAAACGGGAAUUGACACAUUAAGGCUCUAUGUGUAAAGAAUAAUAUCAUAAACCGAAUAUAAAAUUAAUUGCGCUCAUACCUUACUUGUGCAAAUCCCACAUGUUUUAUUUACUGUUAUCUGUGCCCAUAGAUAAUGGAGAAGAACAGAACACAGCAGUAUUUUUUAAAAACCGUCUAGUCAAGUAAAGCUUAAAUCUAACCAUAUGUGAGCAAUAAUGACGUGGUUGUUGAAUUUACCAUUUUCCACAUCCUACCAAAUUGCACUGCACGCAAAUGUACCAUUAUGAAUUUUGGAAAAGUAAACCAAAAGCUUGUUAAUUCAAAAAUCUUUCUCCAUAAUUCAAUGUAUAGUAUAAAAUACGGUUACAUCUGAAUUGCAUUUUCUUAUUUUAUCCCCAACUGUAUGUACUGUACAUGACGCACACUGACACUGAUGCUACAAGUCUGGGGUCACAGUGCGCAUAUAUCUCUAUAGAACAGCCAUUGAACGAGGGAUUCCUGAGUUGAUUCAUUGCAAAGUGUGAAACAUAAUUUUUACCUCUGACUGAAAAAGCGCAUGAGAGCACUUAUCUCGUCUUUGCCAUAUAUGGAGCAGCAGCAACAACAAGGUGUCACAAUGAAGUCAGGCGAGCCUUAAAUGGCGCCUUCAGGAGCUAUUAGAAAAUUAGAUAAAGGUCGCAAAAUCCUUAAAGUUGAAGAGGUAAAAAACAGAAAAAAAUAAAAUUGAUACAUUUUAAACAUGUGUCAUUGAUUUAAAAAGCCAAGUCACUUUGGAAAAGCCUAACGUUUAACGAACAAAAAGUAAAUGGAACGUUUUUACAAUAGGUAUUACUGGAUUUUCGAGCGUUCCCUGAAUGCAACAACACUGUCCAGCUUAAAGCCGAUUCACCAUAAAGUCCUGCUUCACUUCAAUUCCAACAAGAAACUGAGGAACAAUGAAUGUCGCUCACGAGGUCAACAUGUUGGUGGAGGAGAUUCAGAGACUCGGCACUGAAAAUGCUGAUGGAAACAUCAGUGUGAAGUUUGGAGUCUUGUUUAAUGACGAUCGCUGUGCCAACAUCUUCGAGGCGCUGGUGGGAACAUUGAGAGCUGCCAAGAAAAAGAAGAUUGUCGAUUACAAAGGCGAGUUGCUUUUACAGAACGUCCACGACGACGUAGAUAUAGUCUUGCUUCAAAAGUAAGACAGAUGUGAAGACCCAGAGGCCUUUGGAGCAACUUUGAAUCCUCGAAAAUUCCAGGUUUCCAUAGAAUUUUAACAGCUUACUUCAGGGCUUCUGAGCUUCUGUAUGUGCUUCGUGUGUGAGGCUCAGAAUUCGGAUUAAAUGACCAAACAGUUGACACAGAUUGUCACUGCAAAAAUGUAUUAGACUGUAAUAUAGACUGCCCAAAAGUCUCAUUUAAAUAUUCAGCUGAAUCAGCUAUAUCAAGCAUUAUCAGCUAAAAUUUCUACUAGUGUUGUCCUUAUUAAAUCAACCAUGAGUGUAUAAUGUCACUUUAGCCAAGUUUCCACCACAUACUCCCAGAAAAUGUCAGUGCCAAGAACCAUUAUCAAAUGUCUUAACAGUUUUUCUUACAGUUGGAGCUCACAUUUCCACUGCAGUGAAAGUCUCUUAAAGAUUAUGCAAAUACACAUCCUGUGUUUGAGACCAGAAGUUCCAUUGAUUUCCCCAUUUAUCCAGGUUUUUAUCAGGCUCUCAGAACAGCCUCCGGCAGAGCUGUACAUACAGUAGUUCCUGGUACUAGUUGCCUCUAUGGAAAUGUGCCUUGGAAAUGUACUCUUUCAGGAGAGACAGUUUGCACAAAUUGAAUUCUUGAGUUUUUUUUUACAACAUACUGACUUUGUUUUUUUGUUGUAUUCAAGACAAAAUAUGAUAACUAUCAUAACAACACCUGUCAUCACUGUAGUAAUUUUGAACUCUAGAAUAAGACACUGAGGGAAUCACAAUUUGUGAGUCAAAGCAAAUUUCUACUGCAGAACAGACCAUGAAUGCAACACUCACUGUUGCUGAAAACCUGUGGGGCCUCCAAAAAUACUAUUACUGAGUGUGUUUCAUUUAAUGUUUACACAAGCCAUGUGUAUAAGCAUGUGUACUACCUCUUGUGAACUUUUUCAACAAACAUCUUUAGAGACCAGUGCUGUUGGAAAUGUGAGACCAUUUCCAUGACAAAACUAUACACAAGUGCAUUUGCACCUUUUGUAGAGCAAGUGUAAGAUUUCUGCACCUUUUUGUACCAACUUUGUAUACUGAGGUUGAUUACGAGGAACUUGUCAUCACCCUGCUACAACAACUCCAGCAGUUGCCUUGGGGCAAGAAAUACUUGAAAAAAAUGCAAAAGAAUAGUACUGUAGGUGCAUUUCAGGGGCAGUGUUUUUUUUAUUGCAGCCUCAUUGUGCAGGGUUAUUGAUGCCAAAUGCAGUGGAUGAAAUUGUGCAAUUUUUCAGGACCAAAUUAACACAACUGAGAUAUUUGAAAUUACUGCUGUGGGUCACAGCCUGUGUCCAACUGGAAGCACAGCGUCGUGAAUAGACUCAUGUAACAUUCACACAUGCGUUUGUUUGCUUUUUAUUACGCAAUUCCUUUUUCAGGUGAUACACAGGGUGUGUGGGCUCUUUUACAUUAUCUGCUGUUAAAUGUCAUUAUUUUACAUUAUAACAGCUGUAACUGUUUUUGCAAGUAUAUGAAUUCAUUAUCAAUUAUAUAAUAUAACUGGUGUGUUGUCAUGGGCCUAGUAGAGGAAGUUCUACCAAUGGAGAUAGAUAUGAAAAUAUUAAAAAAAAAAACAAGUUUUGGAUUAAGACAUAAAUUUGCUGUGUUUGUCUUUGGGGGAUUGAGUUUCACUGAACAUGUAUUAAAAUAUGUUUUGAAUAGUGUCGAAUUCUACAUGAUUGUGUGUCAUUGUUGUCUUUGCACCAGCAAUAGCACACUCUAGUGGUUACUCUGAGGAACAGAAUGUGAGAAUAAAAAAGUGUCCUGUGA